AUGUCGUCCCUUUACAGACGCCUCCACGGCUUAUUCCUCACCAACAAGAGUUACAAACCCGCCACCAGAGUCACCAAGGCUACCACCACAGCCACCCCUAAUGAACUCAGACUCCGAAAGAUGGUUGAGAAAUACAAAAAGUUAUCCGAAACCCCCGAGUUCCGUGGCCACCGUGACAGGUACACGAAAGUCGUUCGCCGCUUUGCCUCCGCAAACAUGCCUUCCCUCGUCCACGAAUUCCUCCAACACCAGAAGAAGGUCGAUGACAUUACUAACGAAGAAUUCACUGCUCGCCUCAUUUCGCUGUACGGAAAGUGUAAGAUGUUUGAUUAUGCCCGCAGCUUGUUCGAUGAAAUGCCGCAGUUGAACUGCCCCCGUACAUUCCCAAAGAUUGAGGAGAUUUUGGGAGAUCUGGCUCCGAAAUUGGGGAUAGAACCGGACAGGGUAUCAUAUAAUACUGUUAUCAAUGCAUUUUGUGAGAUGGGUGCUUUGGAUUCUACGCUUUCAGUGGUGGAUGAGAUGGAGAAGAAAGGAAUACAACCUGAUGUAAUCACUUUCAAUACGCUACUCCAUGCUUUCUAUUGGAGUGGGCGGUUUGCAGAUGGAGAGAAGAUGUGGGAUUUAAUGGAGACCAAGGAUAUUGUUCCUAAUGUGUGGAGUUAUAAUGCGAGGAUGCGAGGAUUGGUUUCCGAGAAUAGGCUGCAAGAGGCUAUUGAACUGCUUGACAAAAUGAGGAGUAAUGGAGUUCAACCCGAUGCUGCAACUUACAAUGCUUUCAUGAGAAAGUUUUGUCUGGAUAAGAACUUGGAGGAAGCUAAGAAUUGGUACCACAAACUACGCGAGAAUGAUUGUGAACCAGAUAGGGUGACUUAUCUGACCCUUGUUCCCUUUCUUCGUGAGAAAGGUGAGUUUGAUAUGGCUCUUGAGAUGUGCAAGGAGAUCAUAAACCGAGGUUUGUACGUUCCACCUACUUUAUUACAGCCGCCUGUGGUAGAUGAGUUGAUCAAGGAGUCGAGGAUUGAAGAUGCUAGGGGGCUUGUUAAAUUGGCGAGGACUAAUCGUCGUGUCCGUUACUAUAAACUAAAUCUGCCAUCAUGA